GGCUGCCAGGUGCCAGAGGCGGCCCCCAAGGACCGUGGCGCUAGUUUUGCAGCUCUUGUGGCUGCAGAGGCUUCCUAACCGUGCCUCGCAGGCCUGGGAAACGGCCUUCCCCCUGCCCGCCCCCGCCCUCUCCACUCGGGCGCACACCUCCCUCCCUGACGCAUUUUGCCGCACAAGCUGUAAUAUGGCGGCAGCGAUGGUGGCCUGAACUCUAGGGAGCCGGGGUGAUUUUGAUGCUUCAAAAUCGUAAGACUAAGCACGAAUGCGGGGCACAAAAAGAUUGGAUCAGCUUGUCCUUGAUUUUUCUCUAUUUUAAGAUUGAAGUAUUGAAGCCAUGGGAAUAAAGGUUCAGCGUCCUCGAUGUUUUUUUGACAUUGCCAUUAAUAAUCAACCUGCUGGAAGAGUUGUCUUUGAAUUAUUUUCUGAUGUGUGCCCCAAAACAUGCGAGAACUUUCGUUGUCUUUGUACAGGUGAAAAGGGGACAGGGAAAUCAACUCAGAAGCCAUUACAUUAUAAAAGUUGUCUCUUUCACAGAGUUGUCAAAGAUUUUAUGGUUCAAGGUGGUGACUUCAGUGAAGGAAAUGGACGAGGAGGGGAAUCCAUUUAUGGAGGAUUUUUUGAAGAUGAGAGUUUUGCUGUUAAACACAACAAAGAAUUUCUCUUGUCAAUGGCCAACAGAGGGAAGGAUACAAAUGGCUCACAGUUCUUCAUAACAACAAAACCAACUCCUCAUUUAGAUGGGCAUCAUGUUGUUUUUGGGCAAGUGAUUUCUGGUCAAGAAGUUGUGAGAGAGAUAGAAAACCAGAAAACAGAUGCAGCUAGCAAACCAUUUGCUGAGGUGCGGAUACUCAGUUGUGGAGAGCUAAUUCCCAAAUCUAAAGCUAGGAAAGAAGAAAAGAAAAGGCAUAAAUCAUCAUCCUCCUCCUCCUCAUCCUCCAGUGACUCAGAUAGUUCAAGCGAUUCUCAGUCCUCUUCUGAUUCUUCUGAUUCUGAAAGUGCUUCUGAAGAGAAAUCAAAAAAAAGAAAGAAGAAACAUAGGAAAAAUUCUCGUAAACACAAGAAAGAAAAGAAGAAGCGAAAGAAAAGCAAGAAAAGCGCAUCUAGUGAAAGUGAGGCUGAAAAUCUUGAAGCACAACCCCAGUCUACUGUUCGUCCAGAAGAAAUCCCUCCAGUACCUGAAAAUAGAUUCCUAAUGAGAAAAAGUCCUCCUAAAGCUGAUGAAAAAGAAAGGAAGAACAGGGAGAGAGAGAGAGAGUGUAAUCUACUUAACUCCCAGCCUGCUUCAUACCAGAGGCGACUUUUAGUUACUAGGUCUGGCAGGAAAAUUAAAGGAAGAGGACCAAGGCGUUAUCGAACUCCUUCUAGAUCCAGAUCAAGGGAUCGUUUCAGACGUAGUGAGACUCCUCCACAUUGGAGGCAGGAGAUGCAGAGAGCUCAAAGAAUGAGGGUAUCAAGUGGUGAAAGAUGGAUCAAAGGGGAUAAGAGUGAGUUAAAUGAAAUAAAAGAAAAUCAAAGAAGCCCAGUUAGAGUAAAAGAGAAAAAAAUAACUGAUCAUAGGCCUGUUUCUGAGAGUCCAAACAGAAAAAGUGAAAAGGAAAAGAAAGUUAAAGACCAUAAAUCUGACAGCAAAGAGAGAGACAUCAGAAGAAAUUCAGAAAAAGAUGAUAAAUAUAAAAACAAGGUAAAGAAAAGGGCCAAAUCGAAAAGUAGGAGUAAGAGCAAAGAGAAAUCAAAGAGUAAGGAAAGAGAUACAAAGCAUAAUAGACAUGAAGAAAAGAGGAUGAGGUCAAGGAGUAAAGAACGGGAUCAUGAGAAUGUUAAAGAAAAAGAAAAGUCUGAUUCUAAAGGAAAAGAUCAGGAAAGGAGUAGAAGUAAAGAGAAGUCUAAACAGUUAGAAUCCAAAAGCAAUGAGCAUGAUCAUAAUAAAAGUAAGGACAAGGACAGACGUGCACAGUCUAGGAGUAGAGAACGCGAUGUAACUAAAGGCAAACACAGUUACAAUAGUAGAACAAGGGAACGAAGCAGAAGUAGGGACAGGAGCAGAAGAGUGCGGUCUAGAAGCCAUGACCGAGAUCGCAGCAGAAGCAAGGAGUAUCAUAGAUACAGAGAACAGGAGUACAGGAGAAGAGGAAGGUCACGGAGCCGAGAGAGAAGAGCAACGCCAGGAAGAUCAAGAAGUAAAGAUAGGAGGAGAAGGAGGAGAGAUUCACGGAGCUCAGAGAGAGAAGAAAGUCAAAGCAGAAACAAAGAAAAAUACAGAAACCAAGAAAGUAAAAGUUCACACAGAAAAGAGAAUUCUGAGGGUGAGAAGAGAAUGUACUCUAGAAAUCGCGAUCAUAGUAGCUCAAAUAGUAACAGGGAAAAAAAGGCUGAUAGAGAUCAAAGUCCAUUCUCAAAAAUGAAACAAAGUAGUCAGGACAAUGAAUUAAAGUUCUCCACUUUGAAAAAUAAGGAGGAUGAGAAGACCAGAUCCUCAGUGGAAAAAGAAAACCAAAAAUCAAAGGGUCAAGAAAAUGACCACACACAUGAUAAAAAUAAAAAAUUUGAUCAUGAAUCAAGCCCUGGAACAGAUGAAGACAAAAGUGGAUGAGUGAGUUAUAUAAACUUGUUUCCAUUCUGUCUCAAAUUUUAAGUUUUAGAGACUUGCUGAUGAAUCCCCUUUAUGUUGUUUUCUUUUCAUUGUUUUGGGUUUAUGUUUGUCUUUUUUUUUUUUUUUUCCAAUGUGGACUUUAUUGAGUCGAUCUUUUGAUAAUCUGCAACCUGGAUCAUUUGUACUGCAAAAGUUUUAAUAAACUUGAAAUGAGAAAAACACUUUGGUGUAAUACUGUGUGCUGUGUUUAACUAUUUCAUGUAUGCAUUUUUGUGUUGCAACAAUCAGCCAGUAGCAAACAUGCUAUUCUACACCCUAAUUUGUGUGAUGGGCCAGUUGGAAACAAACAUAACUGAUUGUUGGAAUACAUUGUUACAAAAGCUUAUGUUUCUCAUGAUUAACCUUAGAAGCCACUAGGUAGAAGAAAUCUUGUGUAGAUUUUUCUAUUGCAUUUAUAACAGAGGCUUGCAGCAGCAGCUUUUAAUUACACAGAAGUGGGACCCUAAUAACUUGAGAUAU